AUGGGCGCCUUGCUCUUCAGCGCCCUAUCCCCCAUCUUCAUUUUCUUCAUCUCCUUAUCAGUGAUCGGAAGAACCUCACCGGUCGGCUCCUCACGUCCUCGCCGAUCGCCAUGUCUGAAUUCCACGUCUUCCGAAACUACCACAGAACCCUGUGAGACCACGACGGAGCCAUGUCUGAAUUCCACGUCUUCUGAAACUACCACAGAACCCUGUGAGACCACGACGGAGCCAUGUCUGAAUUCCACGUCUCCUGAAGCUACUACGGAGCCAUGUGAGACCACGACGGAGCCAUGUCUGCUUUCCACGUCUUCUGAAACUACCACAGAACCCUGUGAGACCACGACGGAGCCAUGUCUGAAUUCCACGUCUUCGGACACUACUACGGAGCCAUGUGAGACCACGACGGAGCCAUGUCUGAAUUCCACGUCUUCUGAAACUACCACAGAACCCUGUGAGACCACGACGGAGCCAUGUCUGAAUUCCACGUCUUCGGACACUACUACGAAGCCAUGUGAGACUACGACGGAGCCAUGUCUGAAUUCCACGUCAUCAAAAACGACGAAUGAGCCAUGUGAAACAACGACAGAGCCAUGUCUGAAUUCCACGUCUUCGGACACUACUACGGAGCCAUGUGAGACCACGACGGAGCCAUGUCUGAAUUCCACGUCUUCUGAAACUACCACAGAACCCUGUGAGACCACGACGGAGCCAUGUCUGAAUUCCACGUCUUCGGACACUACUACGGAGCCAUGUGAGACUACGACGAAGCCAUGUCUGAAUUCCACGUCUUCGAAAACAACGAAUGAGCCAUGUGAGACCACGACGGAGCCAUGUCUGAAUUCCACGUCUUCUGAAACUUACACAGAACCCUGUGAGACAACGACGGAGCCAUGUCUAAAUUCCACGUCUUCGGAAACGACGAAUGAGCCAUGUGAGACCACGACGGAGCCAUGUCUGAAUUCCACGUCUUCUGAAACUACCACAGAACCCUGUGAGACCACGACGGAGCCAUGUCUGAAUUCCACGUCUUCGGACACUACUACGGAGCCAUGUGAGACUACGACGGAGCCAUGUCUGAAUUCCACGUCAUCAAAAACGACGAAUGAGCCAUGUGAAACAACGACAGAGCCAUGUCUGAAUUCCACGUCUUCGGACACUACUACGGAGCCAUGUGAGACCACGACGGAGCCAUGUCUGAAUUCCACGUCUUCUGAAACUACCACAGAACCCUGUGAGACCACGACGGAGCCAUGUCUGAAUUCCACGUCUUCGGACACUACUACGGAGCCAUGUGAGACAACGACGGAGCCAUGUCUGAAUUCCACGUCUUCGAAAACAACGAAUGAGCCAUACAACGACGGAGCCAUGUCUAAAUUCCACGUCUUCGGAACGACGAAUGAGCCAUGUGAGACCACGACGGAGCCAUGUCUGGAUUCCACGUUCUCGGAAACUACCACGGAGCUAUGUGAGACUACGACGGAGCCGUGUCUGAAUUCCACGUCUUCAAAAACAACGAAUGAGCCAUGUGAGACCACGACGGAGCCAUGUCUGAAUUCCACGUCUUCCGAAACUACCACAGAACCCUGUGAGACCACGACGGAGCCAUGUCUGAAUUCCACGUCUCCUGAAGCUACUACGGAGCCAUGUGAGACCACGACGGAGCCAUGUCUGCUUUCCACGUCUUCUGAAACUACCACAGAACCCUGUGAGACCACGACGGAGCCAUGUCUGAAUUCCACGUCUUCGGACACUACUACGGAGCCAUGUGAGACCACGACGGAGCCAUGUCUGAAUUCCACGUCUCCGGAAACUACCACAGAGCCAUGUGAGACCACGACGGAGCCAUGUCUGAAUUCCACUCGCCUUUCAAAAUGCGCACCCUCCUAUAGGCCUUGCCGCCCUCAACACUACUUGGGGUGUCUUGGCGCAGGCGGUAAGGCACGUGCCCACCAGUCCAUCGGGCGCGGGUGGGCUGCGAAAAUUCCAAUGAAUUCUCGAAGAUCCUACGGUCAUCCCCCAAUGGAUAGGCGCUCCCGCUCCUCAUCCGCCCACCUCCACCAACCGUACCAUGCGAUUUCCGAAGUCUACACCAAAGAAAUCACUCACCGUCCCAUUGCUCCUGCAUCUGAAUACCCUCCAGAAGUGAUUCAAAUCCUUCGCGAGGAGCCAAGAGCUCCAAGGAUGGAUCCAGAGCGAACCUAUACACCCCCAUUGAUAAGGAGCCGCGGGAACACAUGGACCACCGAAAACUUCCCAAUUGUUCGUGUCCCAUCUGCACAGUUUACGGAUAUCAUGACCGAGGUUUACGACUAUCACGAAGUCAACGAGGUGGCCUUGAAAAAUAUGAAAAAUGGCCUAGAAAACCAAAAUUUUCAGAAAUUCACACGUCGCUCUGUGAGUCCAGAUGUCCUUAUCCGGCAAGAAGACGUUCCAAAAGCCCCAAUUCUUCACGUAAUUCCACCGACUCCCGAGAAGAAUACGCCACGUUACGGAAUCCCUCUGACGACUUCUGAAUUCCAGAAGCCCUUGCCGAUGUAUGAAGAAUACGUUAGGAUGCAGAAGGAUAAGGAGAAUAGAAAUCUGAUAACAACGUCUUCUGAAUCCAGAAGUUCUGAAUUCAAGGAUUCAGAAUGCCACGUCAAUAACAAUCUUCGUCACAUCGACUCAUCGUCGUCAGAGUCUUCAGAAUCGUUCCAAAAGACGUCUUCUGAAAUUCAGAAUCGGCCAGAAGACGUCAGACGUCAUCAGAAUCUUCCAGAAGACGUCGGCAAACGCUACGUGUAUUCUCACGACGUCUACGUGGAUUCCACAACCGGAAGACCGUAUACGCCGGGAAGUGAAGAGUUGAGGGAUCGAAAGAAUUGUGAUAAACUGAAAAUUAAUGCCACCAAUUUCCUCUUCCAGGUCUACUUCACACCUCCUCAUCCACCAGUCGAGGCAACAUACAAAUUGGACGAAAUUGAAAUUGAAAAACACGAAGACAUUUAUAAGCUCCGCCCAUCGAGAUCGGCAACUAUAUUAUCGGCGAAUUCGUCGUCAAAUCCAUCAUUUCAUCCAGAAGUUUCUACUGAAAAUCCUCAAGAAAUGUCCCAAAAUUAUCGACGAAUUCCGACGAGUACUUCGAUUUUGAGAAAGGAACACGAAAUUCUGACUGUGCCUUUAAAUAGGAGCCAAUCGGCACGACAAUCGAGAAUCUCGGAGCAUUCCACUAGGCGCUCCGCCUCCAAAACCAUCACCGAGCGAUCGAUUCCAGUAAAUUCCGGGGAUACUGUAUCAAUAAAUAUGGAUGAGAUUUUCCCAAAAAUGACAAAUUCUACAGUAACCCGAAUUCCGGAGACACGUGGAUCCAUUGAUAAGAGCGACUACCCCCGACGAGUUCCAUCCGUGGUGCCAUCCCACCCUCGUCGCCAGGAAACUCCAGAACUUCAGUUCACCAGAAAACUUUCCAAGACACCCAGUGUUCAAGAGUACAAAACAAUCCGAGCGAUCGCCAAGUUUCAUUUCAUCUCACGCUCCAUCCCAAAAGUCGGAAAGGUAUGCAAAUGCGCUCUAUUGAGAAUUUUUGAAAAUAUCUCAAGUUUUGGUUUCAGAAGUCCAUCAGAAGUCAGGAUUCCGGUUACGGUAGCCCAUGGACAACAAAAUAGACCCAUUGAAAAACGUCAAAGUCCAGAGGAGCUGGAUUACGGUAGAUUCCCAGAGAACCGAAAUGUCAAGGAUCUACCGUAUACCCGAGGAGUUUCCAAAACUCCAAGUGACAAAACAGAAAGGAGAGAGCUCAUGCAACCAAAUCCAAUCCAUCGGCAAGAUCCUCUUAUCGAUCUGAAAUUACUGAAAAAUCUGGAAAUUUCCAAAGGUACAGUAACCCAAGACUACAGUAAUCCAGUAAAAAAUAUUUCAGGUCAGAGGGGACGCCUGAACUACAGUAUACCCGAGGAAUUUCCAAGACGCCAAGUGAUAAGGACUACAAAAGAGAGAAGAGUCCAUCUUCUACGGUUCAUAUUCCAUACAAUAAUCCGGAAAAAGAGAGAGCCUACCAAAAAGCUCAAAAUCGAAGCGGACAUUCUCCGAAACGCGUCCCAUCAGGACGGUAAGUACAGUAUCCAAAACUACAGUAAUCCCCAAAAAUCUCUCAGAACCCAAUCCCCAUCGAAACCACGUAAUCCUCCGAGCGCUUCCGACAAGACCACCCAUAGCGCUCCCUACGAAGAAAUAGUGCACAUAAAGGAGAGAUACGAGAGAGACGAGACGAUUCGCCGCUUCUUUCCAACCACGACGACUGUCUGA